AGGACAUACGGAAACACAAUUGCUUGUUGACUAACCAUUUUUUUUUAAACAUCCUUGUAAUGGUGUAUCGCAUAAUCAGUCACAAACUGCCAUUACACCGAGUCAUGGCUAGCGGGAACAUAUUUCAUUUUCAAUUCAUUAUUUUUAUAUUAAUUAUUAUAGCUAUUACCACCUACGGUUAUGAAAAGACAUUGCGAAAAAUUGUUCGAAGCCAAUCGAAAAUGGUCCAAAGACCGUUCAGCGAAAUCGAAGGAAAUCAUGUAUACUGGAAGAAUAUAUCUAUGUCGAAAUCACCUUAUCAUUUGAAAGUUCACGCCGAGCUAUUUCCAGAAUAUCCUCAAGGAAAAAUGUUAAACAAUAAGCAAAGACCCAAAAUGUCUACUAUUUUAUCUGCUGUGGAUACAAGCCGGAGCAAAAGUGAUAACUCCAAGUUUAAAAUGAACCGAAGGGAGAAUCGACAUCCAAAUGAGCUGAGGUUAACUCGUGACACUUUCUACAAUUACACACAUCCUCUAUCUUUCGAUAACAUUUUAUUCCCCCUAGACAACUCACUCGACAAAAUAACAAAUAAUAGUUAUCCAGAUAAAAUAACUGUCGAAAGUUUUUAUAAAAUACCUAAAACAUCUAGAUUUUUUCCACCAAUCGAAGAACAGAAGUCGACAAAUAUGCAGGAGAUUCUUCACGUAUUUGGAAAUAAUAACGCUUCAAAAAAGACAAUAUUUAGAACAAGUAGUGAUAUAGGAAAUGACAAAUCGUCGGAAUCUAAUGACUUACAUAUGAGGAAAAUGCCAGAAUACGAAGUAGAUAAUGAUAAAGCGGACUUUUUAAUAGAAGAAGUGACUCCCGAAGUUGUUCCUAUGUAUUACAACUACACUGUGCCCGUAAAUCCCUUCACUUGUGUUGUUUUGCAACCGUAUAACGCUGAUAUUGACGCUCAAGACAAAUUUUCUAAAUUCGAUAUCGAGCCGCCUUGGAUAACGAAGAAACAGUUUUGGAAUAAAAUGUUUGACAGUCGCUAUGAGUCGCUGAUGAGAAACAAUAGAUGGCCGCCUCUAAAGGUUAUUUUAGUACCACGCACUCAAGUCGAUUCAAUUUGGAGACAAAGCUUUGAUCAAUAUCACAACAACAGCGUUAACAAAAUUUUAUCAAAUUUAGUCAAGAAAUUACAAUUUUACAAGAAUUUAACAUUCACAUGGAACGAGGUAUCACAUUUGAGUCAAUGGUGGCAAACUACAACACAGAAGAAUCGUUCGGCAUUUCGAAGGUUGGUGCGAGGAGGUCGUAUAGAAAUAACUACAGGUGGCUGGGUUGAACCUGAUGAAGGUACAAUCCAUUUGUUUGGUCUCUUACAUCAGCUUAUGGAAGGUCAUCAAUGGUUAAAACACCACUUAAAUUUCGUACCAAAAACAGGAUGGCUCACAAACAGCGUAACUCAUAGCCCCACUAUGGCUUAUCUUCUUUCAGCCUGUGGGAUCUCGAACCUAAUUUUAACAAAUAUCCAUUAUUCAUGGGAACAAUACCUAGCUGAGUACCAAUAUAGCGAUUUUAUUUGGGUACAGAAUUGGGAUAAUGAUAUAUUUUCAAAAUCGAACAUCAACGAUAUUCUAAAUAAAAUUGGCAAGGAACGCUAUCCGAAAAAUUCUGUUCUUACUCAUUAUCUGCAGUUUAAUUCAGCUGGUUUUAAAGCUUGUGGGCCAGAUAAAGAUAUAUGUGUGUCAGAUUUUAAUUUUGUAAAAUCUAUUAACAACAUAGAUUCAUAUAACGUAAAACAAAAAGCUGAAUUAUUGCUCGAACAAUAUUCUAAGACCGGUACAAUAUCACAACAUAAUGUUAUAAUUGCUCCAAUAGGAGGCCCCUACCACUAUGAACAACAAACAGAGUUUGAUUUUCAAUAUAAUAACUACCAAAAAAUUGCCGACUUCGUUAAUAUGAAUCGUGAGAUAUAUAGAGCAACCAUUGAUUUCGGCACUCCCAAAGAUUAUUUCCAGACAAUUGUUGAAAAAAACAGAGCAUAUCCAUCUUUAAAAGGAGACUUUCUUAAUUUCGCAGACGUUAGCUCAGGCACACCGGCCUAUUGGUCAGGAUUCUUUACAACUAGACCUUUAUUAAAAAUUCUAUUAAGACGCCUUGAAUCUACUUUAAGAACUACAGAAAUUCUCUUCUCUUUCGCUGUUAGUUCUAAUGUUUUUCGACAGAUGAACGUCUCUGAUUUAUUUAAUCUUUUAAUGAAAUCAAGAGAAACAGUAGCUCGUCUCCACGAUCGUAACGUUGUUAGUGGGACAUUGACGGCCAAUGUAUUAAAAUAUGUACAUAAAAAAAUAUUAACAACCGUUAAAGAUUGUUGGUACAUACAAGAAACAAGUGCAAGUAUGAUAAGUAUAAAAUCAGAAAGAAAUGUCACGUAUCUCCAAAAAUACGUGUAUAGAAACGGUGAAUUUAUUUCAGCUUUUAGAACUGUGACUCCAGGUGAUCAGAUUUAUGUUUUCAAUUCACUGAGCCAUGAGAGAACAGAAGUUGUGGAAUUUGUCACUCGAAAUCCGAAUGUAAGAAUUAUUGAUCAUAAUAAAAAGGACGUAACAAUACAAAUCAAUCCGAUAUGGAAUUACCAAUCAGAAAAUACGAUUAAAAUAUCUCGGCAAUUCUUUACUAUCUCAUUCGUAAUAGUGAUUCCUCCGAUGACAUUAGAGCUCUUUAAAAUCAAGGAGACUUAUGAUGCGUCAUCCAGCGCAUCAACAAUUUACUGCGUUUCCUGCAUAAUGGACGAUACUCCCGGCAAUGGACCAGUGUUUCCAUUUAACAUCCAGCCAAUAGAAAUAGGCGAUAUACAACUAGAAAAUUAUAAACAUCGAUUAAUAUUUGAUGAAAUCACAGGAUUACUAAAAACAGUAUUUGAGAAAGACACAAAUAAUAAAAAAACCGUCAUGAUCGAUUACGGUGCUUUUAAAAGUAAUCAUAUAAAUUCAGGAAUGUUUUUGUUUAACACGAAUUCUUCUAAGCCGUUACACGACAUUCUAUCACCUUAUAGAAGGGGAGUUAAAACAAAAAUCGUACUAAUAAUUUCUGGUUUAGUAACAACUGAACUGACAACCAUCUUUGGUCGACUGUUGCAGAGUAGCGUCAAAAUUUUUAAUUUGAUGAAUGGCCCUUUUUCCAAAAUCAUUUGCGUGGAAUCUAAAACAGAUUACGAGGCAUCUCCUAAAAACAGAGAACUAGAGGUGUUUUUAUCAGUACAAACUGAUAUAGUCAACGGUAAUCCGCCAGAGUUGAUAAUUGAUAACAAUGGUUUUCAAUAUACCUCCAGAUAUAUAAAUAUAAGCAGACGAAUCGAAUCAAACAUUUACCCUAUGACAAGUAUGGCUUACAUACAGGAUUACCAAAACCGUUUAACAUUAUUAACAGAUCAUGCCCAUGGUGUGACUUGUUUACAGGAAGGACAGAUCGUGGUCAUGUUGGACCGCAGGGUUCUUUUCAAUGAUGGCCGCGGGACGGGCGAAGGUCUAGCUGACAAUGGUGCUACAUAUCAUAGGCAUGUUAUAUUGUUAGAAAACUUCAUAAGGAGUAAAACUUUCCACAGCGUAAACCGGAAAGCGACAUUACAGUUGCCAAGCUUGGACGCUCUGCAUCUUGCCAAUGCACUUAAUUACCACUUGGAUAUAUUUUUCAUCGAUAGAUCACAAACUGAACAUUGCUACUACACCUUUCUUCCAUUAAUCAAAACACCGUUUCCUUGCGACAUUUUUGUUAUUAAUUUUAGAUUAAUCAUUUAUAAAGCUUCGACAGAAAAGUUAUCUGUCAAUACAGCUCUAAUAACAUUACAUCGACAAAGCUUUACGUGUGAAAUAAAUCACUUUCAGCAGCAUAACUGUAAUGGAGAUUACAGUUUUUCAAUAGAGAAAAUACUUCGUAACGUAAAAGCAGUCUAUCAAACAAAUUUGUGUGGUACUCAGGAUGGAACGCCCAUUUCCAAGGUAAACAAAGGCUCCUUUGCUCCGAUGGAACUGAGCACAAUACGGGUGUAUUUUUAAAAGAGAAAAGUUCGGUUGAUAACAAGUGAAAUUGUUAAAUUGUGUCUUGGGAAUACAUUGAUGUGAUUUAAGUAUUAUGAGAACGAUGUAAAAUAGUCAUGGCUCUUUUCCCAUAAAGUGAUAUGACCGCAUUUGUGUCAAUCAUUAAAAAUUGUAUAUUUAUUUUAGCUUAAAUAUCCUUUAUUUAAUCUUUAAAAAUAGGUUUAAUUACAGUGCAUACGUAAAUCCUUUUCCUACAAAUAGGAAUUUACAAUUUCAUGGAAUUAAAUUAAGUACCUCCUUUUUCUGUAUAUGGAUUUUUAAAGAAUGGAGUAUAGAAAUAGGUACAUACAUAAUUUAAUCAAUUAUUUUAAGUUAUGGGUAGAAUUUGAUAAAAAGGAGUAAAACGUGUCGAUUUCGCACUUUCAAUAAGAAUAGUAGUUAUGGUCAUACUUUUGAUCUAUUAUUUUUUCUAUUAAAAAGCUAUUAUCAAAAAAAGCAGCACUUCUGGUUCCAGUUCAUUUGUAAAGUAAAGU